CUAAUCCUUUGGCAACUAGAGUUGAAAUGGGUACCUCGAGACAUCUGGGGCAGUGGCCUCAGCUGGUUUAUGCUUUAGCCUUUUGCAUUAUAGCUACUAGUGUAGUAGCUGAUAAGCCUUACAUUUAUGCUUCACCUCCUCCACCAGAGCAUUCUCCUCCACCGCCUUAUUACUAUGAGUCACCACCUCCACCAUUGAAAUCUUCACCACCUCCCCCUAUCUACUACCAUAAGUCUCCCCCACCACAAUCUCCAUCACCACCUCCUCCAUAUAUUUACAAGUCUCCACCUCCUCAAUCUCCUUCUCCUCCACCACCUUAUGUCUAUAAAUCACCAUCUCCUCCACCACGAUAUGUUUACAAGUCCCCACCUCCUUAUGUUUACAAAUCACCACCACCACCACCACCACCAUCUUCACCUCCUCUGCCUUAUGUUUACAAAUCUCCUCCUCCACCAUCUCCAUCACCUCCCCCUCCAUAUGUCUACAAAUCCCCACCACCUCCAUCUCCAUCUCCACCUCCUCCAUACAUCUAUAAGUCUCCACCACCACCCUCACCAUCCCCUCCUCCUUACAUUUACAAAUCACCACCACCACCAUCUCCAUCACCACCUCCUCCCUAUGUUUAUAAAUCUCCACCACCACCAUCACUCUCACCUCCUCCUCCUUAUGUCUAUAAAUCACCACCACCACCAUCUCCAUCACCUCCUCCUCCAUAUAUUUACAAGUCACCACCACCACCAUCUCCAUCUCCUCCACCUCCAUAUGUUUACAAGUCACCACCACCACCACCGCCAUCUCCAUCACCUCCUCCACCCUACAUUUACAAGUCACCACCUCCUCCAUCUCCAUCACCACCUCCUCCCUAUAUUUAUAAAUCUCCACCACCACCACCACCCUCACCACCUCCUCCUUAUGUCUAUAAAUCUCCACCACCACCUUCACCUUCACCAUCCUCUCUUCCUCCUUAUGUUUACAAAUCGCCACCACCACCAUCUCCAUCACCCCCUCCACCUUACAUUUACAAGUCACCACCUCCUCCAUCUUCAUCUCCACCUCCUCCCUCUGUCUAUAAAUCUCCACCACCACCGUCACCCUCACCUCCUCCUCGUUAUAUUUACAAAUCACCACCACCAUCUCCAUCCCCUCCUCCUCCAUAUGCUUACAAGUCACCACCUCCCCCAUCUCCAUCCCCACCUCCUCCCUAUGUUUAUAAAUCUCCACCACCACCCUCACCCUCACCCUCACCUCCUCCUCCAUAUAUUUACAAAUCACCACCACCUUCAUCCCCAUCACCUCCUGCUCCAUAUGUUUACAGGUCACCACCACCACCAUCUCCAUCCACUCCUCCUCCAUAUGUUUACAAGUCACCACCUCCCCCAUCACCAUCCCCACCUCCUGCCUAUGUCUAUAAAUCUCCACCACCACCCUCACCCUCACCUCCUCCUCCAUAUGUUUACAAAUCACCACCACCUCCAUCCCCAUCACCUCCUCCUCCAUAUAUUUACAAGUCUCCACCUCCCCCAUCUCCAUCCCCACCUCCUCCCUAUGUCUAUAAGUCACCACCUCCUCCGUCUCCAUCACCACCUCCUCCCUAUGUUUACAAGUCACCUCCUCCUCCAUCUCCUUCACCUCCUUCUCCUUAUGUCUAUAAGUCAACACCUCCUUACGUUUACAAAUCACCACCCCCACCUUCUCCUUCACCUCCCCCUACCUACAUUUAUAAAUCUCCGCCACCCCCAUCUCCUUCUCCCCCACCUCCGUACGUCUACAAAUCUCCCCCACCCCCAUCUCCCUCACCACCACUUCCUUAUUACUAUAAGUCACCUCCUCCUCCAUUAAAGUCCCCACCACCUCCAAAAUACUACUAUAAGUCUCCACCUCCUCCUUCUCCAUCACCACCACCUCCAUACUACUAUGUUUCUCCUCCACCCCCAUCUCGUCAUCACUGGCCAAUUCCUCCAUACUUCCAUAACUCACCACCGCCAUUUGAGCAUGAACAUCCACCAUACUUCCACAAAUCACCUCAUCCACCUUCUUAUGAGUCUUCCUCACCCCCAUAUUACUACAAAUCACCCCCACCUCCAGAAUACUAUUAAGUUUAAAUUUACCCUUUAUUAAAUGAUCAAAUGAUCAAUUUGAAUUGUUUGAAUAAUAAUCAGUUUCGUUUGGAUUUUAUUUAUCGUACAAUUCUUUUUGCAGAUUUGAAUUUUAUAUAGGAACAAGUGUCUUCUAUACAAUAAAGGCAUGAAAUGGAGAGUCCAAAUGAUCUCUAUGUAUGAAGAACUCAAUUGUAUUAUUUUCUGUAACCAAUGAAUGACUGAAAUUCAAGUUCUUUAAGAAGUUCUAUGUAUAUUUCUGAUUUGCCCAACUACAUGUAAUUUUUAUUACAAAUGUCAUCUAAGCAUUCUGGUUCUUGUUGCAA